CGCCUCCACCCUUCCUAUAAAAGCUUCGCCGGUUCAGGCUGAGCGAGCAAACAAGCCAGCAACCCUCGGAACGGCAACGCUCUUGAGCCGCAAAACGCGCCAACCAACUUUCCCAGCGCGCCAAUCAAACCAGCGAAGAUCGGAUUAAAACAAAAAGAAGAAGAAGAAAAAAAAGAGCUUCACCUCCCAGCUCAGAUACAGUUCCUUGGAGGGGAAAAUUACAGAAAUUACCCGGACGGAGGAAUAAAGCAACCCGAAGCUGCUUGCUCAGAAACCCAGCCAAGCGGAGGAAGUUUUUUUGUUUUUAUUUUUAUUUUGAAGGCGCCGAGAGGGGAGAAGAAAGGACAAGGGGGUCUUUUUGCCCUUCCCCGCGCUGCCCGCCCUGACUCGAGCGAUGGUCAACAUGCAAGUCUGCGCCCUGGAUUGCGAGACGUUGCGCGACUUCCUCCAAGACCGCGAUUUGCAAUGCCUGGUGCUGGAUUGCCGCUCCUUUUUCGCCUUCAACUCCUCGCACGUCCGAGGCUCUUCCAACGUCCGCCUCAGCACCAUCGUGAGGCGGAGGGCGAAGGGCGCCGUGGGCUUGGAGCACAUCCUUCCCAACGAGGAAGCCCGCGCCCGCUUGCACAAGCGCCUCUACCACACCGUGGUGCUGCUGGAUGAGCGCAGCGCCGAUCUCGAAGCGCCCAAGCGGGACAGUACCCUCCAGCUGGCUCUUAACACCCUUUGCAGGGAAGCCCGGGACACCCGCAUCUGCUUCCUCAAGGGAGGAUACGAGGCCUUCUCUUCCACCUUCCCUGAACUGUGCACCAAGCCCUCUGUCCCUAAAGGCCUCACACUGCCUCUCAGUACCACCGUUACCCCUGGCAGUGCCGAUUCCAACUGCAGCUCCUGUGGAACCCCUCUCUAUGAUCAGGGUGGUCCAGUGGAAAUCCUGCCUUUCCUGUAUUUAGGCAGUGCCUAUCAUGCUUCCAGAAAAGACAUGCUGGAUACUUUGGGGAUCACCGCCUUGAUCAAUGUCUCUGCAAACUGCCCUAACCAUUUUGAAGGACACUAUCAGUACAAAAGCAUCCCUGUAGAGGACAGCCACAAAGCUGACAUCAGUUGCUGGUUUAAUGAAGCUAUUGACUUCAUAGACUCCAUCAAAAAUGAUGGCGGACGAGUGUUUGUCCACUGCCAAGCUGGAAUCUCCCGCUCUGCAACCAUUUGUCUUGCUUAUCUUAUGAGGACCAACCGAGUCAAACUCGACGAAGCCUUUGAGUUUGUGAAACAGAGAAGAAGCAUCAUCUCCCCUAACUUUAGCUUCAUGGGCCAGCUGUUGCAGUUUGAAUCCCAGGUCCUUGCUCCAAAUUGCUCAGCAGAGGCUGGAAGCCCAGCUAUGUCUGCACUGGACAGAGGAACAUCCACUACAACUGUCUUCAACUUCCCCGUUUCCAUCCCUGUUCAUCCUUCUUCCAAUGCACUAAACUAUCUUCAGAGCCCCAUCACCACAUCUCCAAGCUGUUGAAAGGCAGGUGCCAGCUGACUCUGUGCAAAGACUUGACAUCUUGUUGUUACCUGAAAAGUGCAAUAACUUUAGGAGGAGAUCUAUUCGUUUAUAUGGGUCUCCUCUUGUUACAUCUACAUUGUUACAAGCAAUACAGAAUCACCAGCAGAUCAAUAUUUCUGACUCCAGAAAGCGAGGUUCUUUCUGAUAGAUGAUCUUGACAGAGAGGCAUUUUUGACCAAUGUUUGGAUGCCCAUAAAGGGGGACAAAGCACAAAGGACUUUGCUUUCUACUCCUGAAAAAUUCCCAUUACUGUCUUUCCCUCCCUCGCUGUUCCAGUAGCAAAUCCAACAGAAUUCGCUGUCUCUGGAUAUGCUGGCCCCUUGUACAAGAAGUUCUUUGUAUUUAUUUAUUUUUAUGGUGUAAUUGCAAUGAGUGUUUCGUCUUCAAGUCUGAAUUUUCAUUUUCUUGUCUUUUUUUUAAAAAAAGAAAGAAACAAAAUACCUCAGGUGGGGUUUUUUUGGUACUGUAAUCCUACAAAAACAUCUUAAAACUGUUUCCAAAGCACUGACAUGGAAAGCACAAAGGAGUGUUGUGAGGCUUUUUUGGUUGCUAGUGGUUGUAUGCUUGCUGGAUUUAUUUAUGAUGUGAAAUAAUAUAUUUUCUUCUUAUAAAAGAAGACAGGUUUUGUAAUGCCUUUUAUACCAGCCAAAUAAAUUAUGACAUUUCUAUUAAA